CUUCCAUCGCUGAUUCUUUACAGGUACGAAACCCCGCGUUGGACAGGACCAGGGCUCUGUUUAGCGGGCGCAUCAGGGCGAUCCCAGCGCACUACUGCUACUUCCACUGCAACUGGCCGCGUGCCCAUUCGCUCGCCUCUUUCCCUUGUCCGUCAUUUGUAGAAUUGAAGGCUGGAACCCGAACAGCACUCCAAAUCCGACUUCCAACCAACCAACUUCCGUCAUCCGCCGGCCUGCUGACGACACACCUUCGAUCCGCGACGACGGUCGUUCGUUCGUGCCAGUAUCGCAUGGCUCUUUGUCCUGUCGUCGGUCACUCUCGCCUCUGCGCCCUCUCGACAAAGCCAGAGCUUCAAGUUCGUUUGUGACACCCGACAACUGACGACCGAUCACAUCCUGGCCACACACAGGCCUCCCACCAGCCGCGACAUCGUUCCCCAUCGAUCGGCACCCGGCAUCCCGCUCCCUGGCCUACACAUUGCAUUGUUUGCACGCCCACACAACCCCUCCGAACUGACCGUCCGCCGAAUCCACAAAUCCCCCCUCAAAACCGCGGCCAAUCCUCCCGCCGCUUUCCUCCCGCUGGCGUUUACGGGCAGCAUACUGGGAGAGUCGAACUCAACAAGCUGCUGUCCCCCGGCUAGCGCCCGUCUCGCAGGGUUUGUCACUGCCGACGAAGCAUGUCGUCACAGCGGCCAGGCCCGAGCCGAAAUUCCCAGAGGCGCGAAAACGACGACUACCCGCCCUUACCACCGCAUCGCAGACUCUCUUUGCCGCCACCUCUUCCCUCGGAUCAUGCGACACACCCUCCACAAUCACGCCGACAUCCCUGGGAACCCGAGGUCCACACGUCCCAAGACCAGACCGAAUCAUAUCUCCACCUCAGGCGGCACAUGGCAGAUAUAAACUUCCAGGCCGAAUACGACGAGCUAGUGGGAAACAGCUUGAGUGGCUUCACGGCUUUCAUGUCCGCUGCGCAUGAUGAUUUUGGUUUCUCUCGAGAUAGCAUCCAGAACCGGAGUCAGGAAUCCAAUGUACUCGACACACUACAGAACGAUCAGCGAGACGGCGAUAGUCGACGACAACCCCUCCAAUUGCCACCCGUCUUCGGUUACACGACCGUUCGAUCACUAAGUGGCCGUCAGCGACUCGACGGCACGGAAGACGAUGUAGAGGCUGUCCGAGCUCUGUGGAAUCGCAGAGCUCAAUACAGCUCGUCGCCCUUUUCGCCACCCAGGAUGCCUCCCAACUUAUCGCCGCCCAACCUAUCCCCACUCCCUCCCUCAGAAGAGCCCCCUGAGGAGAACCGGAGAGUGAAGAGGAGGAAGCUGGACUCGGAGCGUGCUUCCCAGAGCUUCAGAGGAUUUCGGUAUGGGCGAUACGGGCAAGUUGAGCCCGGCCAGCUCAAGAUGGAAAUUUUAAGUUGUGACGGGGGACUGUACGAAAACGCCUCCCUGCAUGCCUAUGGAAACAUUCUGAAGGACGACAAGACUGUGUAUUGCACACAAUCAAACCGUUGCAACAUCAUUUUGCAGCAUCAGGGCGCAACGGUGUUUACAUUGAAGGAGCUCGUGAUCAAAGCGCCUUCAUCAAACUACUCGUCGCCUGUACGGGAGGGAAUGGUGUUUGUUUCCAUGAACCAAGACGAGACGCUUAAACGCACAGCGCAGUACGAGAUACAAUACGCCCCAUCGAGGUCAGGUCGUCCAUCAGCAACAAGAGCGCUGGCCCCCAUCAUCUCGAUACGGCACCACGAGGAUGGCACAACCGUCACCAGAACACAUACGCGGCAAAGGCGGCUAUACAGCUUAGGUCAUGACGACGAAGAGAACAUGCAAAGGACGGCGCAAAUCCCCACGGAGUUUUCCUCGCACCUACCGCCCUUCGACAUCACAACCGAGUGCAGUUAUGAGGAGACCGAUGACGAGGACACCCCGAGGAACCCCGUCAAUCGGCGAGCACCCAAUAGGAUUGGGUCCCUGCCGUUUGAGAGCGACAGCAGCGAUGAUGGUAAUCCGUUUGCCUCGGACGAGUAUGGCUUCGAAGACUACUCCUUCGCGAACAGGCGUCGGGAUGCUGCCGACAUGUCGGCGGAGGUUGCCGGGGCGAACCAGACGGCAACGCAGGAGGCUGUGCGAGCUGUUGGCGGCGAGCUGAUGGCCCCUCAUGCCAAGUUCUUCAUCGAAAAGGACAAGAGCAAGUGUACCAUACGGUUUGAUCCCCCUGUUUCUGGGCGGUUCCUACUCCUGAAGAUGUGGAGUAGCAGCCGGGCAUCCGGCAGCAACAUUGACAUUCAAGCGGUACUCACCAAAGGAUUUGCGGGACCGAGGUAUUUCCCCGCGGUGGAGUUACGAUGAGACCAUUUAGGGUGUAGUUGGUCACGAGGUACUGCUACGAGUUCCAUAAUGACGGCGGGAUGGCUGCAUUCGAGUGACGAUUAUUACGGAGUUCUUGGUGUUGAGCCACGGAUGGCUGGGUUAAUCGGGUGUGACAAGGACGUCGCUCAUCAUAUACCACGUGCAACCAUGCCAGUAUUAACAAUCGAUUGGAGUUUUUGGUUUCAUAUUGAAGUCCCGAUUCUGUUGAAGUCGUGGGAUAUGAGAUGAACCCAAUCUGGCUGCUCUGUAAAAUUGAUUGGUAGGCGGCCACUGAUCUCAUCGUAGCAGACCAUAACAUUUCCAUAUUGCAACUACAUCGGU